GCCCCUGGGCCGGCGGGCCACGCCCAUCCGAAGCUCAUUGGCUCAUCGGGAUAGAUGACAAAUCUCGGAGCCAAUGGGAGGUUUGGCGGCGGAGGCGCCCGCCUACUGCAGCUGCUUCCGGUCGGGCAGCAGUCCAGACGGCGUGAGGGAGCCUGGGCGGUGGGGUGCUCCCUCCCUCGGGUCGCUGCUCGCCACUCUUUCAUCUCCGGUCCUUAGGGAGCCCCCUGGGCUUCUAGUCUGUGCCCCGCGGCGGCCGGGACCCACGCCCACCGGAGGUUCGCCCACUUAGCAGCUUGCGACCGACCGCAGGCACCGAGGUUCAGCCAAGGGCCGCCUGCGAACGAGGUUCCAGUCCUGGCGCCUGCCCAACCGGGUGGCGGCCAGCAGAGCGCGCCCGCGGGCAUGGCCGAGGAGCGCCCAGGGUCCUGGUUCGGCUUCGGUUUCUGCGGCUUCGGGCAGGCGCUGGGCUCGGGCCGCGGGCGCCAGGUGCUCAGCCCCGAGCCGCUGCGCGUGCCGGACGCGGGCACCGACAUCUGCGACAUCGGCAGCCUAAGCGCCGCCUGGAGCUACACCGCCAUCGUGAGCAGUGCGGGCCGGCUGCUGCUGUCGGGCUCGGCGCGGGGCGCGGCGGACGGCUGCCGGGACGCGUGGGCCUCGGAGACGCUGCGCGCGGUGCUGCGCGACGGGCCGGGGGGACCCGGGCCCGGGGCCGAGCUGCAGGCCUGGGCGCCCGGCGCGGCGCUGCGCGGGGAGCCCCUGUGGGCCCGGCCCGCGGGGCCGGAGGAGGCCGGGCGGGAAGACGACGGGGCGGCCUGUGAGACCCGGGCCGGGCCGCUGCCGCUGCUGCCGGGCGCGCGCGCCCACCUGAGCCCGCGGCCGCCGCUCUGCCGGCCCCUGUGCCCGGCGCUGCGGGCGCGGCGGCUGGCGCUGGGCGCGGAGCACGCGCUGCUGCUGGACGCGGCGGGCCAGGUGCUGUCCUGGGGCGGCGGCAGAGACGGGCGACAUCUACGUCUGGGGCUGGAACGAGUCGGGGCAGCUGGCCCUGCCCGCCAGGGGCCUGGCGGAGGACGGACAGACAGAUGCAGGGGAAGGGACCGGGGAGCUCUACACCUGGGGCUGGGGCAAGUACGGACAGCUGGGCCACGGGGACACGGCCAGCCGGGACCGGCCCCGCCGGGUGCAGUGCUUUGUGCGCGAGCAGCUCCGGGUCACGGCGGUGAGCUGCGGGCCCUGGAACACCUACGUGCGCGCGGUGGAGCCGGGGAGGAGCUGACGCCGCAGACACGGGCGCGACGUCACGCGAGUGGGCAGCAGGGCAGGUCAGGGCCCACGCCUGGGAGGCCCCGCCCGGCCCCGCCUCCGCCUCCGCCUCGCCCAGCUCGGCUUUCCCCGGCUUCCCCUCCGACCAGUUCUCAGCGUGGUCCUCGGCUUGGAAUCACCGGAGAGCUUUGGACACGGGGCCCAGGCCAGCACCAAGGCCCUGAGACCAGGCCGGCCGGCGUGAACCAGGAGGUGACGGUUCCAUUCCCGCUGGGAAUGUGCCCAAGCUGUGAACUCCAUCCCCAGUGGGGGGCGUGCAGGGGGCAGCCGAUCCACGAUUCUCAUCCUGGAUGUUUCUGUCUCUCACGUCCACUGUGAAAGCAAU